AUGAGUCUCGAUGGUCUUCGUGCGCGCUGGAAUCUACGGCGGACAGAGCGAUGCAAUAGUGUGGAACUAGGUGCAGCUUCUGCAAAUGCUUACUUUACAUCGAAACGGAUUCGACAGCGCGCACCCUCUAAGGUGAGAAAACGAAGUCAAAAUGUGCAACAUGUUACAAACGACGCGAGUCCAAGUCGAAUACAGAGCAAAAGGCAGCGAGUAAAUGAGCAAGAGGCGGACACUGAGAUUGAAUGUAUUAGAAAACUUGAUUUGCCGUCGCAUAGCCAGAUGGUGGCGGAGUUACGAGCGGUGGACGAGCACAGGAUACCGCAGUAUAAACACUUCGAGCACUUUUUUUCAACGUGGAAGUGUGAGCUUCUUGCGAAUUUUAACUUGCUUUUUUACGGUGUGGGCUCUAAAUUGGCGCUACUGCAAGAUUUUGCCUCCACAUGGCUUAGCGAUGGGUUUGUUCUACAAAUACAUGGUUACUUGCCAGUUAUAUCACUUAAAUAUCUGAUUGAGACAAUACAAUCGAAGAUUUUAAACAUUGACGUGAAGCAAAAUCGAUCGCUUUCUCAACAGUGUAGAGACAUUGGUGAACUCAAAGCAUCACGACAUUCGUAUCUCGUUUAUCUCAUGGUACACUCCAUCGAUGGUCCAGCAUUACGGAAUCCAGAAACUCAGUUAUGCUUGAGCUGGCUAGCACAAGCACCAUUUAUUCAUCUUGUCGCUUCAAUGGAUCAUAUUAAUGGACUUUCAAUUUGGAGUGAGGAAGAUUUACUCCGGUUUGAAUGGCUUAGUCGGAAUAUUGACACGUGCCAGCCGUACAGACACGAAAUUGAACUGAAGUUGGCGAAAUGUGCAAAAACGGCGGAUAUCACGAGCAGCGGUGUUAAAUUUAUUUUGCAAAGUUUGACACCAACGGAUGUAGCGAUGCUGCAAGAAGUUGCGCGCCAACAGCUCGCACUUUCAAAGCAAUUGAAUGCUCAGAGCCGUACGUCAAAGGUUGCAAAAUACGCACCUUACCAGUCAGUCUACGAGGCUUGUCGCAAAAAGUUGUUAUUUUUCACACCUUUAGCUUUCAAAAACUCGGUGAAAUGUCUUGAAGAUCAUGGCUUGCUGAAGAAAAUUCGCUUUCAUACGGUAGAGUACCUCGAGAUACCUCUGCCAGAGUCGGUCGUCAAAAUGGAAAUUGUUCAUCAGUAG